UUAUUUUUAACUCGAAUAUUAUUAUUUGUCGAAUUUUCGACAGAAUACAAUAUUGCUUACGUAAUUUAUUACAAAAUAAUAAUUAUUUCGUACAUUCAUCAUAUUUAAGGUUAUGAACUGUUAUGCGUAUUAAACAUUUUUGUCAUUUACAAAUUUACACCGCGUUCGCGUAUACUGUUUAGUGUUUUUACUCGCGCCUGUUUUGAAGUGUUUUUUUUAAUAAUAUUUAUUACAUUACUAAUUGUAACUUAAUAAAUUACCAUACCUAUACGUGUGACACUAGUUGUGACGUGCUGUUAUCAAAUAUAAUAUAUUAUAAUAUAUAAUAAUAUUUCAAUAUAUUACCUACGUCUACAUCACGUACUUAUAGUACGUACUUAUAACUACAUCAAAUUGUUCUAUUACUGUUUUAACUUUACCAGUUCUUCAUCAAAACUGUACGAAAAUAUGUGGAAAGUCGUUCAUUUUUUAAAUGAUAACUCAGUUGAGCCUGUACCAGACUAUUGGCUCAAUAGAGAAAACAAUCUCUGUGCCUGGCCAAACAACAAUCAUUUGGCAAAAAAAAUGAGGAACAAUCGAGUCAAACCCAAUAAUUUUGAUUUUACCAAUUAUAAAUGCAGAGUCCUGUCUCAAAAUAUUUUGUCCUUAAAUGAAGCCAUAAAUAAAGCCAACAAAGCGGAAUAUACUUCAGAGUUAUCAGACAUUGAAAAAGGUGCUAAAAAUGUCAAAAGAAAAAGAAAAACUGAGUGUUUAAACAGCGACCAAGUUCAACCAAGUAAAAUUACAAAAACUGCUAAGCGUAUUUUUAAAAAAGAAGGCUUAUCAACCAGUAUUUCUAAAAAUCAAAACGAUGAACAAAAUAAAGAAUAUUAUUCUCAGGACAAGAAUAUUUUUACACAAAUUGACAAUGAAGAAAAUUCAGAAAUAUCGUCUGCAGUAUCAUCAGUUGAUGAUUCAGACUCAGAUAAAGACUACUUGCCAAAUAUUCUACAAGAUGAAUCUAAAGAUAAAGAUAAAGAUGAUUUCUUACAAUCAACGAAUUAUAAGUUUAUAAGUAAUGAUGAUUAUUCCUUGAUUGUUGAGGAUAAACAAUUAGGUCAUAAUCAACAAAAUGCUUCUGCUAUUAAUACUGACUCUGCUGCUCCUACGAUUCUUAAACCGGGGGAUGAUUGUGAUGAUGUUGGCUCAAAUCUCAUACACAAUGCACAAACUAUGAUGACUACACCGCCAGCGCCGGUUAAGACUUCAAAUGAUCUUAAAGCAGUGAUGAGCUACUUGGCAUAUAUCAAAUGUGAAGUGAAUAGAAUUUCCGAAACGCAGCAAGAAAUAAUUGAAAUACUGAACAACAAUAAUACUCAAAUUUUGCAAAAAAACACUGAUUUAUUGAGCUGUGAUAACAAUGAAACAGACUAUUUUGUAAUGAACUGGCCAAUUACUGAUGAUGAUGGUCUUUUAGAUCUUGAAAAUAAAAUGAAAGACAGAAUCUUUUAUAAACUAGUUGUUAGUGAGCUGACCAGGCUUGGAGGUAAAACUCUGUCAAGAAUCAUCAACAAGAUGUUGAAGAAAGUUUUUGACGAUACCAUAUUGAUAAAGUUUACUUAUUACGGUUUGAGAAACAAAGAAAAUUUUCAUACGCUAUCCAUUAAUAAAGCUAUUUUUGAUGCUGUAAGAAAAUCUAAACAAAAAUCUGUUUCAGAUGAGGAAAUCAUCAUAUCGAUUGGGAAAUAUAUGACUGGAGCUAAAGGCAGAAUAGAACAACAAAACAUCAAAAACCAAUAAUUCUAAGAUACAAGGUUUUUUUUUUACCUUUAAAAAUUUAAUAUUAUAAUUUUUUAAUUAUUAAUUUUAAUUUUUAUAUUUUUUAUAUUCUUAAUAAUCUAAAUUUAUCUAUUAUAUGUAUAAUAGUAAUAAGUCUAUUGCAUAUAUAGAUGU